AUGGUUCAGCUGUUAAAGAUUCUUGCCGUUGCUGCGGUUUGCUUGGCUGCGCCAGCAGUGGCUCACCCCGGCGAGAAGCACGAUCCACAUGUUGUUAAGCGAGAGAUUCAUGCUCGCGACACCAUGGCUGCAGCAGCAAAACGCUCGCUCGGUGGCUGUGAAAAUUCGCUUCACGCGCGGGAGUUGAACAAGGGCAGUGUCGCUCGUCGCGCCCGCACAGUAAAUCAGCUUCGUGAGAAGCGUGGCAUCACUGCAAACCCUCAAAAGUGGCGCCGUAACCUGGCCCAGCUCGAGAAGUGGGAGGCAAUUGACCACAACAAGACCAACGUCCUCAAUUACAGCCUGGCCACACCGGACUCAAUCAUCUUCUCGGCUAACACCAGCUGUAUUCUGACUCCAACCAUCACAGAUGGCCCCUACUACGUCUGGGGUGAGGUGAUGCGCCAGAAUGUCAAGGAGGAGAAGUACUCGGACGGAGUGGAUAUUUUCCUGGAAGUGCAAUACAUCGACAUCAACACCUGCCGGCCGGUGCCGGGAGCUUUGGUUGAUAUUUGGCAAGCCAAUGCCACUGGUGUGUACAGUGGUAUCUCGACGUCAGGCAACUACGCUGCUGACGGAUGGGAUUCGACUUAUCUGCGUGGUAUUCAACAAACCGACCGCGACGGUGUGGUCGAGUUCGAGACCAUCUUCCCCGGUCACUAUGACGGACGCGCGACUCACACUCACCUGUUGACCCAUUUGAACGCUACUCUACUUCCCAACAAGACUCUCGAGGUGGGCACCGGCAGCGUGGCUCACAUUGGCCAGCUUUUCUGGAACGAAGUACUACGCAGCGCGGUGGAGGAUACUUACCCUUACAACACCAACACGCAGAGCAUCACCACGAAUGCUGACGACAUGUGGAGCGUGUUGCAAGCGAACGGCGCCUAUGACCCCUUCCCGGAGUAUAUCUACCUUGGUGACAAUCUUGAUGACGGUCUUUUCGCGUGGAUCCAGAUUGGCCUCAAUGCCACUGCGGACUACACAGAUAACUCGUACUACAGCAUUGCCGCCUACCUGGAGGCCGAUGGUGGCCACCAGAACAGCGACAGCGUCGUGGGCGGGGGAAGUGCUUCUAGCGGUACCAACCGCACCAUGCCCUCCGGAAUGGCCAGCCCCGGUGCCUCCGCAUGA